AUGGAGUUGGAGGGAUUUAAGCCGGAUGAAGUUACAAUGAUUGGAGUGGUUUCUUCAUGUGCCCAACUAGAGAAUUUGAGACUUGGGAGAAAAUUUCAUCGGUUGAUUGAAGAGAAUGGACUAAGUUUGACAGUUCCUCUUGCUAAUUCACUUAUGGACAUAUUAUUGUAUGAGAUUCCAGAGAAGAAUGUUGUGCCAUGGAAUGCAAUGAUUGGUGGCUAUGUGCAAGCCAAGCAUAGCAAGGAGGCUUUGGCUCUGUUUCAUGAAAUGCAAGCUAGUAAUAUAAAUCCUGAUGAAAUAACCAUGGUUGGCUGCUUAUGUGCAUGCUCACAAAUUGGAGCACUUGAUGUUGGGAUAUGGAUUCACCAUUAUAUUGAAAAACAUGGUCUUUCUAUAAAUGUUGCUGUGGGGACUGCCCUUGUCGACAUGUAUGCUAAAUGUGGUAACAUCACAAAGGCUCUCGAGGUCUUCUGGGACAUGCCAGGAAGAAACUCUUUCACUUGGACAGCUAUUAUUUGUGGGUUAGCCCUUAAUGGACAUGCACAUGUUGCCAUAUCUUACUUUGCGGAGAUGAUAAAUACAGGAUUGGUGCCAGAUGAGAUCACUUUUCUUGGGGUCUUAUCAGCUUGUUGUCAUGGAGGUUUGGUUGAAGAUGGUCGCAGGGCUGGUCUUUUGCAAGAAGCAGAAGAGCUUAUCCAUAGCAUGCCAAUCAAGGCAGAUGCUGUGGUGUGGGGUGCAUUAUUCUUUGCUUGUUAUAUUCAUAAAAUGUUUUGA